GGGGACAGAAGGUUGCCAGCAAGACCUCCUCAUCCAUCUUUUCUUGGUGGCAGAGGGGAAGCAGCGACUGUGGAACCAGCUCAGUUCACUGUCCUUUGAAGACAUAGCUGUUCGUUUCCUGCGUGAGCAGUUGCUGGAUCCUGACUAGAGAGCUCUGCAAAGGGAAGCUAUAGUCGAGAAUUGUGGGCUCAUGGCCUCUCUUGGUGAUGAUGAAUUAGAAAUGAAGAACAAGGGAGACCAUGAUGAAAUCCACAUAGAGGAGAAACCAAGUAAAUAUUUGGAGUGUGCAAAGAGCUUUAGUCAAAGCUCCCGUUCAACUUCCCAAAAAAGGACUCCCAUUGGGGAGAAACCCUACCAGUGCUUGGAAUGUGGGAAGAGCUUCAAUCAGAGGGGUCAUCUCACUAUACAUGAAAGAAUUCAUACAGGGGAAAAACCAUAUCAGUGCUUGGAAUGUGGGAAGAGCUUCAGUUACAGGUGCAGCCUCAGUUCCCAUCAAAGAAUUCACACAGGGGAGAAACCUUAUCAGUGCACGGAAUGUGGAAAGAGGUUUAUUCGGGGGGAACAACUCAUGGUCCAUCAAAGAAUUCAUACAGGGGAGAAACCUUUUCAGUGCUUGGAAUGUGGAAAGAGCUUCAGUCAGAGUGCCACUCUGACUUCCCAUCAAAGAAUUCAUACAAGAGAAAAACCUUAUCAGUGCUUGGAAUGUGGGCAGAGCUUCAACUGGAAAUAUAAUCUCACUUCCCAUCAAAGAAUUCAUAGAAGAGAAAAACCUUAUCAGUGCUUAGAAUGUGGCCAGAGCUUCAGGGAAAGUGCCAAGCUCAAUUCCCAUCAAAGAAUUCACACAGGGGAGAAACCCUAUCAGUGCUUGGAAUGUGGAAAGAGCUUUAAACAAAAGGGAGGUCUAACUUCCCAUCAAAUAAUUCAUACAGGGGAGAAACCAUUUCAAUGCAGGGAAUGUGGGAGGAGAUUCACCCAUAGUGGCAAUCUCACUUCCCAUGAAAGAACUCAUACCUGGGAGAGCCCAUAUAAGUGCUUGGAAUGUGGAAGAAGUUUUAGCCAGGAUUCCUAUCUCAUUUCCCACCAAAUAAUUCAUACAGGGGCGAGACCAUAUAAAUGCUUGGAAUGUGGAAAGAGUUUUAGUCAGGAGUCCUAUCUUACUUCCCAUAAAAAAACUCACAGUGGGGAGAAUCACAGUCUCCCAGAAUCUUUGAGCUGUUGCAUUGGAUUGGAUGGUGAGGGUCAUCUGCUCCAACCCCCUGCAACACAGGAUUUUCAACAAAAGCAUUCAUGACAGA